CAAACGUUGGGCAACGCAUUGAUAAACACGGUCAAGCCGUGUGCCCCUCCUUUAUGCAUAAUAGGGAAAUUAUCAGGUGGUGUUGCGAGUCAAGCCAAUCAAGUGCCCCGUGUCAUGGCCAGCGUCAGUGCGGACAAAAACAAAACCAGAUAUUUUAAAGACAGCGAAUAAGAAAAGUGUAAAAACGUUGAAAAGGCUUUGGAAAUACUGAAACGACCUGCCAUGUGUUCUCAAUUAUUUUCCUUCUUUUUUAUGUGUGUUGAUGAAAUUAUCUGUGCUUAGUCGUGUGUCGAGGGACGAAGGUGAAACUAACAAGGCGCCAAGCAGCAUGUUGCCAAUGAAUCCCCCAAUCCCCAAUAGCCAAUCGCCAGUGGCCAAUGGCGCUCAAAAGCUUUGCCAACAAUAAGGCCAAGAACAGACCCAAAAUGUCAGAAGCAAAAGAACAACGAAUAGUCACAAACAGUUUGAAAGGAACUAGGUAGAUGCGGACUGGCAUUCGGUCGCGCGGUCCAACAGGAUGCAUAUAUUGCACAGCUCUCAGGACUACGCACACGUAGCAAAAACUGCAUAGAUGGAUGGUUGGAAAACAAAGCGAUAAAGGCACACAUAAAGGUACAUACAUACAUAUAUAAACCGCAGCCCCUCACAAUUGAUUUGCAUGAAGAUAUGGUGCUGGCAAGACGCACUUCAAAAGUAGACUCAAAAUCCAUAAACGAGGACCAGGGACCCCGAUAAGGGGCAUCGAAUACAACUAAGAUUCAGUUGUCCGAGGCCCACGGUUCCUGAUGGUUCCUGUGGAAGCAGAUGGUUAGGUCAUUACGUGUUCCUUCCAUUUGUAGAAGGUCACGGCAUAAGUGGACAUCAACGCCAGAGGCAGAGCAUCAGCUAGAAUGUGACACAGGCAGCAGGCGGCAGCUGCCGGUGAUAGGAAUGCUCAUCACAAUGGUCAUCUCAAUCUCAAGCCUAACUAGCCUUCGUCUUCGUCUUCCGAUACUCCUACUGCUCUUCAAAUGGGUUUGUCUGGUAUCUCUACUGCGGCUCGUGCCGGGGCCGAGACCCGCGCGUGGUGACUGGCUAAUGGACUGUGGAAACUGUCACUGCAAGUGGAACUCGGGCAAGAAGACGGCCGAUUGCCGCAAUUUGAGUCUCAGCGGAGUACCGGAGUAUCUCAGCUCGGAGGUCCAAGUGCUGGAUCUGUCUCAGAACCAGAUACUCACCCUCGAGGAGAACGCCUUUCUGGCCACGCAGCUGCAGAAUCUCCACAAGCUGUUCAUACGCAACAGUACGCUGCAAAAGAUCAUACCGCAAAGCUUCACGCAGCUGGAGAUACUCAUCGAGCUGGAUCUGUCCAACAAUCUGCUGCGAGAACUGCUGCCCAAUGUCUUCGAUUGCCUGACCAAGGUGCGGGCCCUGGUGCUGAACGGUAACCUGUUGCAGACCCUGCGCGGCGGCGUCUUCUAUCAUCUGAAGUACCUGCACAAGAUCGAGCUGAAACACAAUCGCCUGGUGAGUAUCGAUCCGCAGGCGUUUCUGGACGUGCCGCUCCUCUCACAGAUCUAUCUGGACGGCAACCAGUUUCGGGUGCUGCACAAGGAGACUUUUCAGAGUCUGAGCCGACUAACGGCCCUGUCGCUCGACCAGAAUCCAUGGAACUGCACCUGCGAUCUUCAGGAGUUUCGUGACUUCGUACUCAAGAUGAACCUGUACACACCGCCGACGGCCUGCCACUAUCCGCUGCAGCUGCGCAGUAUGCUCUGGAUCGAGGAUCAGCCGGAGGCGUUUGCCUGCAAGCCAAAGAUUGUCUAUCCGGCACGCGGUGCCUCCAUUAACACUUCGAAGGAGAAUGUAACCCUCGUGUGUCGGGUGCACGGCUCACCGAAUACGGUCGUGGCCUGGGACUACAAUAAGCAACAGUACAAAUCGGGUUCCACCACGGGGUCCAUAGGUUCCACGGGUUCCAUGGGUCCACGCCAUCCGCGUGUUCACAUCGAGAUGCUCCGGGAAGAGAAAAGAUCGACAAGAGAUCCACAGUUCGGUCGCGAUGUUUUUACCUCGCGGCUCACCAUAGUCGGUGCCGAGAAGAGCGAUGAGGGCGUCUACACCUGCCUGGCGGAGAACGCUGGCGGCAAGGAUGCCGUCCAGAUGAGCCUCGUGGUGCAAAAGUCCAGCGUGCAGCGGGACCUGCUCCUAAACAGCAAUCUCUUUGUCAUCAUCUGUCUGAUGGUCCUGGGCCUAAUCAGCGUCUCGGUCCUGCUGUCGAUGGUUACCUACUGCAUCUACAGGCGGUUCAAGCAUCUCCAUCUGCAUCCCCGGCAGCACACCCACCUGCGAUCGAUUAACUUUUCCGCUCAACAGUUCUCCAGCGAUGCUGGAGCGGUGGUCCUCCAUGGGCAUGGCGUAAGCAACAGCGUAGUCGUUGCCGGGGGUACGGAGGUCCUGCUCGACACGUUCCAAAAUCAAGCGACAGAUCGACACAGAUCGGUCGAGCCCAUAGCCGAGAGCAGAAAAUUUUCUGGCUUGAUAUCGAGUAUAGACAGAAACAGAAGUCCACAUGCAAUAAUGGGAUACCUUUGCAAUCGGCCCUCGGCCAUUGGCGGCAAUAAUGGGGCAUCGCGGAAUUCGAACUCUUUGCGCAGUAGAGAGGAUGACUAUGGCGCACGAAAACACCGCGACGAAACACUUACCUUAGAGCGCAAGUUCAAAGAUAAGCUCAAUGUAACGUCCAAAGGGUACGAUUUGAACCGAUCAAACGUCAUUGAGGAUCACAGGAUCAUGCCAUCUGCCUCUGCCUCUGCCACUGCCACUGCCUGUGACAUACGGGAAACUGCAAUCAUCAGGCAGAGCGAGGAAUAUCAACCGGACGUGCUACCUUCGAACAGCCCCCCUGAGGGGCCUGGCCGGCCUGGGGGGCUGACGAUGCUCGAGAACAAUGAAGAUCAGCUAAGCCAACAAUUAAUGCUAAUUGGGCUCAAUUCCAAUUCCAAUUCCAAUGCCCGAAGCAAGUACAACAUCAAUGUGCAAAAGUACCUGCAGGAUAAGUACGGAAGUGUGGGGACUGCUGUCAGAAGGAACAAUAACAACAUCAGCGACAGUCGUCAGGCGUCUGCAUCCGGAAGUUUUUUGCUUUACCCCCCAAAGGUGGCCCAGCAACAGCUCCACCUCCAGCCACAGCCACAGAUCCAGGGACUGCAAAGGCAUUGCCGGUCUCUGGCAUUGCCGAGCAGCCAACGCCAAUCCACCGAUAGCCAUUGCCGUCAGCCAUCUCCACCGCCAUACACCACCACCAGUACCACCAGUACCACCAGCACCACCCCAUGCACUCUGUCUCUGUCUCUGUCUCUGUCUGAUGCUGCAAGCAGGGGGGGUGGCGGCGGCGGCGGGGAAGGGGUCAUGGAAAAUAUAAUAGCAGCAAUUACAGUGACCUCGUCCUCAUCACUUGCCCCCUUGCAGAAUAAGCUAACCACCACCGACGUCCCCGCAUCGACUAAUAAUGGAAGCGCAUCACGCAAGAGGAUUCUCUGACAGCUACUGCGGACGCAGAUUUGACCAGACGAUCACUAGAUUGUAAGCAGAAUGUAAUGCAGGGUGUCUCCUCGGUAGUAAAUAAUAUUUUAGAAUUUUAAUAGUAUUUUUAGCGAAAUAUAUAUACACACGUAUACCUAUACCUAUACAUAUACCUAUACCUAUUCCUAUACUAAUGCCUAUAUGCCUAUACCUAUAAAUUUCUAUACUUACCAAUGUAAGCGCUUUAUCUAAACACACACACAUCAAUAAAGUGAAAUGAACUGAAA